GGGCGGCGGCGUGCACUGUAGAACCCAACCUGCGGACAGAAAAGAAACAGGGACAGUAAAUACUGCGCACGUACACCGGGGAGACACGACUAACUGUAGCGAGGAUGGCGUCACUCAGCCUGGGGCUGCAUGUAGCUCGCAAACGGGGCGCUGCCAGAAGCGGAGCUGUGGAGAGGAGGAAUCUACUGACUGUCUGCAGGUAAAAUAAUGCUUGGCUUGAUUGUGUUAAUUUAAAUAAAUGUCCGCAUUCUUACGCGACUGGUGUGAAUGUGUGUGGACGCUGUUGAAGAAGGUAGGCUAAUUGGUGGUAUAGGCUAUAUUUCUAAACAGCGCACAUAACCGAGCUUCCUUUGUCUCGCUUCAGUUACAUCGCGUUUACAUUACAGUAUUGAUGAUGUUGUUGUAUCGAGAUGAACUGUAGCCUAUGACGCCGCACUAGUUCUGAGGGGUCUCCAAUGGUCACACACACACUACCGCCACCUAUGAGCCUUAAUUAAUCAUUCAUGGAAUCACAGUUUCCUUCAUUAAUUAGCUGCCUACUCAAUACCAGUAUAGUCUAUAGAUUUCACAUGAACGAAGACAAUUCAACACACAGGUAUGAAUUGGCACGGAACAGAGCAAUGUGUGAGGAUUCUCCUAAAUUAUUCAUCUGAAGUCUCAUGCUCUUCGAACAGUAUAAAUAAUAAUAAUAGUUUGGUGGGUGCUUAUAUUUGUCCUAUUUCACACAUGUGCAAGUGUGUGUGUUUUAGAUAGCUGUAGUGAUGUCAUUCUCUGUGGAUGACAUCAUGCUGUUGAACACCCUAUCAAGUGUGAGGCAACAUCAGAUCCAGCCUUAUGCCCCCUGUGGUUCUAGUGAAGAGAUAGAUGGUCUAUCUCCUAUACCUAGUCUAUGUUGUAGAUAUAUGCUACAUACUCCCACUCAAUCAGUAGAUACUUCAGCCCACUUUUUGCUUCUCCCACACAUGGUCACGGGUGUAUCAACAUUAAAGAUCUCUGGUAUCAGAAAGCAGGGAGUGGGCAUUGUACUCACAUGUCCCCAGGGCUGGUGAGGAACCCACAACAACAGCAGAGUUAUCCCUUUCUGGAGUGGCUUUUCACAACAUCAUUGUCAGUGUUUUAUCCAGGAAUUUCACUGUUCUAAAAGGUUUCAUGUGCAGUUCUUGUGAUAUAAUUUAGUUGGUUUGGUGAACAAUGCUCACGUGAUGAGUAACCUUGCCUGAUUCCCGAAGACUCAUGUUAGCUCACUAAGCUAAUGCCUAGGCUUUAUCUCAGUGAGCUAAAUCGAGAGCUUGGGACUAUAAGGUUCUAUCUGCAUUUUUGUCCAAAUUGAGUUUUUGACAUAGCCUUGUUCUGUUCAAUGUUCUCUACCAAUAUAGUACUCUAAAUACCCCCAAUUCGUGUUAAGUGCAAAAGAAUACAAGAUAAAAAUCACUGACACCAUUCAAACAAAUGAGGAUUCUGAACUUUAAAGCCAAUUAUCUCAGAAUCAUAAUUUUGCAGAUAGAACCUUAUAGUCCCAAGCUCUCAAAAUCUUAGUUGAGGUAUGCAGAGCACUUGGGUUCAAUAUACUUUAGUUUAUAGUGAGCAACUGCUCUAGUCUUAAUAAUCGCUAUGAGUCAUCAGGACCGAGUCUGCCUAAGCAGAAAAACCAAUGAUCUGAAUAACGAAAAUAUAAAUCCUGUGGAAUUCAUUCAUAUCCAAUCAAACACUGCUGCAGAACAUGAAUAGAUGCAGUUCAUUGGUUUCAUUGAUUUAAUAUGCAGACAAGGCUGUGAAGUUCCUCUGUGUCCUCAUCACUAAGGAAUUAUCAUGGUCCACACACACCAACACAGUCGUGAAGAAGGCACGACAACGCCUCUUCCCCCUCAGGAGGCUGAAAAGAUUCGGCAUGGGCCCUCCGAUCCUCAAAAAGCUCUACAGCUGCACCAUUGAGAGCAUCUUGACUGGCUGCAUCACCGCUUGGUAUGGUAACUGCUUGGCGUCUGACCGGAAGGCGCUACAGAGGGUAGUGCGUACGGCCCAGUUUAUCACUGGGGCUGAGCUCCCUGCCAUCCAUGUGGUCCUCUGUAGCUCAACUGGUAGAGCACGGCGCUUGUAACGCCAAGGUAGUGGGUUCGAUCCCCGGGACCACCCAUACACAAAAAAAAUGUAUGCACGCAUGACUGUAAGUCGCUUUGGAUAAAAGCGUCUGCUAAAUGGCAUAUUAUAUUAUAUUAUUAUUAUCCUGAACCUCUAUACCAGGUAGUGUCUGAGGAAGGCCCUAAAAAUGGUCAGACUCCAGCCACCCAAGUCAUAGACUGUUCUCUCUGCUACCACAUGGCAAGCGGUACCGAUGCACCAAGUCUGGAACCAUCAGAACCUUGAACAGCUUCUACCCCCAACCCAUAAGACUGCUAAAUAGUUAGUCUGGGUAGCUAUUGGUUAACUAUUUAACUAUCUGCAUUGACCCUUUUUGCACUAACUACGCUGCUGAUACUGUUAUCUAGCCUGUUGCCUAGUCACUUUAUACCUACCUAUAUGUACAUAUCUACAGUGGGGGAAAAAAGUAUUUAGUCAGCCACCAAUUGUGCAUGUUCUCCCACUUAAAAAGAUGAGAGAGGCCUGUAAUUUUCAUCAUAGGUACACGUCAACUAUGACAGACAAAAUGAGGGAAAAAAAUCCAGAAAAUCACAUUGUAGGAUUUUUAAUGAAUUUAUUUGCAAAUGAUGGUGGAAAAUAAGUAUUUGGUCAAUAACAAAAGUUUCUCAAUACUUUGUUAUAUACCCUUUGUUGGCAAUGACACAGGUCAAACGUUUUCUGUAAGUCUUCACAAGGUUUUCACACACUGUUGCUGGUAUUUUGGCCCAUUCCUCCAUGCAGAUCUCCUCUAGAGCAGUGAUGUUUUGGGGCUGUCGCUGGGCAACACAGACUUUCAACUCCCUCCAAAGAUUUUCUAUGGGGUUGAGAUCUGGAGACUGGCUAGGCCACUCCAGGACCUUGAAAUGCUUCUUACGAAGCCACUCCUUCGUUGCCCGGGCAGUGUGUUUGGGAUCAUUGUCAUGCUGAAAGACCCAGCCACGUUUAAUCUUCAAUGCCCUUGCUGAUGGAAGGAGGUUUUCACUCAAAAUCUCACGAUACAUGGCCCCAUUCAUUCUUUCCUUUACACGGAUCAGUCGUCCUGGUCCCUUUGCAGAAAAACAGCCCCAAAGCAUGAUGUUUCCACGCCCAUGCUUCACAGUAGGUAUGGUGUUCUUUGGAUGCAACUCAGCAUUCUUUGUCCUCCAAACACGACGAGUUGAGUUUUUACCAAAAAGUUCUAUUUUGAUUUCAUCUGACCAUAUGACAUUCUCCCAAUCCUCUUCUGGAUCAUCCAAAUGCACUCUAGCAAACUUCAGACGGGCCUGGACAUGUACUGGCUUAAGCAGGGGGACACGUCUGGCAAUGCAGGAUUUGAGUCCCUGGCGGCGUAGUGUGUUACUGAUGGUAGGCUUUGUUACUUUGGUCCCAGCUCUCUGCAGGUCAUUCACUAGGUCCCCCCGUGUGGUUCUGGGAUUUUUGCUCACUGUUCUUGUGAUCAUUUUGACCCCACAGGGUGAGAUCUUGCGUGAAGCCCCAGAUCGAGGGAUUUUAUCAGUGGUUUUGUAUGUCUUCCAUUUCCUAAUAAUUGCUCCCACAGUUGAUUUCUUCAAACCAAGCUGUGGAGUUUGGAGUGUGACUGUUUGAGGUUGUGGACAGGUGUCUUUUAUACUGAUAACAAGUUCAAACAGGUGCCAUUAAUACAGGUAAGGAGUGGAGGACAGAGGAGCCUCUUAAAGAAGAAGUUACAGGUCUGUGAGAGCCAGAAAUCUUGCUUGUUUGUAGGUGACCAAAUACUUAUUUUCCACCAUAAUUUGCAAAUAAAUUCAUUAAAAAUCCUACAAUGUGAUUUUCUGGGGAAAAAAAAUCUCAAUUUGUCUGUCAUAGUUGACGUGUACCUAUGAUGAAAAUUACAGGCCUCUCUCAUCUUUUUAAGUGGGAGAACUUGCACAAUUGGUGGCUAAAUACUUUUUUCCCCCACUGUACACACACACACACACACACAUACACACACACACACCCACAUGUGCACACGCACCAUAUUUGAUUGAACAGGGCUGUAUAAACCCCAAAGCUACAUCCAGACGGUAUCAAUGUAAAAAAAAAACACCCUCACCCUAUAAAAGCCAAUCCAUUCCUAUAGGUAGUUUACUCACUCUGUUAGGCGUGUGUUGAGUUCUCCCGUCUCGUUGACGUCGAACCAGCCGAUCUCCUGCUGCAUGAUGCAGUGGAAGAAGAGCUUCCUGAGGCGCUUGACCUGCCUGCCUGCCGCCAGUGUCCAGAAGGCCACCUGCAUGUAGGCUGCUACCAACACCACCGCACCUAUUAUAGAGUAGUAGAUAGCAUGGCUGAAACACACAGACAUACAGCUGGUCAAUACACACACAUCUGGACACACACAACCUUAAUGAUGGUUUGUAGAUAACUGGGACAUAGGGGCACAGUUUAGCGAAUAAUGACAUUGUAAACAUAACGGUGACACAGGGCAUUACCUGUCAGUGCACAUACUGUAUGUGUGUUUACAUUACGCAGGUGAAUCUAUACGUAUAUAUCUAUACAAAAUACCAUCCAUUAUGGAGUAAAUAGCAAGGGUACAGUGUAGUGUGUUACUGAUGGUAGGCUUUGUUACUUUGGUCCCAGCUCUCUGCAGGUCAUUCACUAGGUCCCCCCGUGUGGUUCUGGGAUUUUUGCUCACCGUUCUUGUGUUCAUUUUGACCCCACGGGGUGAGAUCUUGCGUGGAGCCCCAGAUCGAGGGAGAUUAUCAGUGGUCUUGUAUGUCUUCCAUUUCCUAAUAAUUGCUCCCACAGUUGAUUUCUUCAAACCAAGCUGCUUACCUAUUGCAGAUUCAGUCUUCCCAGCCUGGUGCUGGUCUACAAUUGUUUUUCUGGUGUCCUUUGACAGCUCUUUGGUCUUGGCCAUAGUGGACUUUGGAGUGUGACUGUUUGAGGUUGUGGACAGGUGUCUUUUAUACUGAUAACAAGUUCAAACAGGUGCCAUUAAUACAGGUAACGAGUGGAGGACAGAGGAGCCUCUUAAAGAAGAAGUUACAGGUCUGUGAGAGCCAGAAAUCUUGCUUGUUUGUAGGUGACCAAAUACUUAUUUUCCACCAUAAUUUGCAAAUAAAUUCAUAAAAAAUCCUACAAUGUGAUUUUCAGGAUAUUUUUUCCUCAAUUUGUCUGUCAUAGUUGACGUGUACCUAUGAUGAAAAUUACAGGCCUCUCUCAUCUUUUUAAGUGGGAGAACUUGCACAAUUGGUGGCUGACUAAAUACUUUUUUUUCCCACUGUAUCUCAAUUACCUCGCACCCCUGCACAUGGACUCGGUACUGGUACCCCGUGUAUUUAGCCAGCCCAGGUUAUUGUUACUCAUUGUGUAUUUAUUCCUCGUGUUAUCAUUUUUCUAUUAUUUAUUUGGUUCUCUCUGCAUUGUUGGGAAGGGCCCAUCAGUAAGCAUUACACUGUUCGUCUACAUCUGUUUUUUACGAAGCAUGUGACAAAUCAUUUUGAAUGUCAUCUAACAUGCUCUGGGAAAUGUAAUUUCUAAUCACUGAUGUUCAGACAGACAGACAGAGAGAGAGGGGCAUGGGGGAAAUAGAGUUCCAGAGAAAUAUUAAGAUGGAAGGAGACAGAAAGAGACAGGGGAGGAGGGUGGUAAAAGGGAGACAGUAAUGACAGUAAGGUGUGGAUAAGGACAACAGUAACAGCUUUAGGUCUGAACUUUUUGUUGAUGAUGAGGAUUCACUCGUACGCAGGGUAAACGGGCACUCAUUUAAUAAGUUAUCCUGAGAGCUCUGAGCAGCUGUGUCUACACUUCAUCAGACCUGUGUGUUCUUAGAAGUGGAGGAGUAGGCCACUAAAAGCGUCUGGUGAUUCAUGCUGUGUGUUUAUUCUCUCUCUCUUUCUCUCACAGACUAUCUGUUUCUCUUUCUCUCACUCUCUCCGUCUCCUCCUCCCUCCCCCUCCUCUCAAUUCAAUUUCAAUUUAAGGGCUUUUUUGGCAUGGGAAACGUAUGUUAACAUUGCUAAAGCAAGUGAAGUAGAUAGUAAACAAAAGUGAAAUAAACUAUAAAUAUUAACAGUAAACAUUACUCUCUCUGUCUCCUCCUCUCUCCGUCUCUUCCUCUUUCUGUCUCCUCCUCUCUCUGACUCCUCCUCCCUCCCCCUCCUCUCUCUGUCUCCUCCUCUCUCUGUCUCCUCCUCUUUCUGUCUCCCCCUCCUCUCUCUGACUCCUCCUCUCUACCCCUCCUCUCUCUGUCAGGAGUAUACAUAAUGGAAAAAACUGAAAACCUUAUUGUCUGUCCUGUUUAGAUAAAGCUCCGUCUGCCCAGUCACCCCACUGCCACUUAACCUGCCCGGUCACCCCACUGCCACUUAACCUGCUACUGUGUGUCUGUGCAGUACAAGCCCCACAGCACAGAGAUGACUGUUGCAUCUCACCAACAUGGAAAUCAGUCCAUGUAAGACUAUUGAGAUGCAUCCCUGUACUCCAGAAUCAACACACGCACACAGACACAGAGUCAUUUCCUGUGUUUGCUUCAUUCCAUUAACUCUCCUCGGUGCUUGAUAACCUAGACACUGAUUAGAGAGUCUCUCUGGUCUGGAGCCCUAUAGUUGUUGUCAUGCCCCACAGUCUGACCUCCGUGUAAUCUAUCUAUGCUUAUAUGACACCGUGUUUGUGGAAUGAUUAUUUGGAGAUCUGAAGGGAAAAAAAGUAUUGUCAAUGUUUUUUUCAAUAUUGUCAACGCUCCACUGAUCCAGUGUGCAGUAGAGAGAUAGUGUUUCCUAAAGCCUCUAAAUCAUCUGUUCAGUCAGAGAUGAUCUCCUCUCCCUAGAGUCACAUUUAACAGCAUGUCAGAGAGGAACACGCAGAUCCUGUUGGAAACCAGUGCAGACUCAGUGAAAACUCUCUCUCUCUCUGUGUGUGCAGGUUUUCAGUGAAGACGUUGAUUGACCGCUCCUGUUUAGAGACGAUAGAUGACUCGUCUCCAGAGUUCACCAACUUCGUCUCCAUCCUGGAACAGAUCCUCAGUCACAGACUCAAAGGUAUAGUAACACACACACGCUAAAAGCCCUUCCCAUCUGGACCACUGCAGGCUUACUAAGUAUACAAGUUAAUAUGCCACCGAUAAAUGUAGCAAUCUCAUUGUCUCUCUCUCUCCCUCCCUCCCUUCUCUACUCCCUCUCUCUCUUUCUCUCCCUCUGUGCCGUACUCUCUCUCCCUCCCCUAUUCUCUCUCUCUCUCUGUCUGUCUCUCUCUCUCUCUCUGUCCCUCCCUGUCUCCCUUCUCCCAGGUCAGACUAUGUGGUUUGGUUAUGAGAGUCCUCGUAGUUUCUGGGACUAUGUGAAGGCAGCCUGCAGUAAAGUCUCUCACAGCUGCAUCCACAGCAUUGAGAGCAUGGAGAACGCACGGUCCUCCAGAGCUAAGGUGUGUGUGUGUGUGUGUGUGUGAGAGAAGCCUUGAGCCAUGGAUCUUAAUGAUAACAUCAAUAUUCCCACGGAUCGAAGACACACACACACAACUCUCUCAGCCUUUUCCGCUGGAUGAAAUUACACACAGAACAAAAGACAGCUUUGUUCAGAAGCUUUAAACAAUAAAUACUGUAGUGCUGUGCAAGAGAAUGCCACAGCUCAGGCACAAGCACACAUGCGUGCAGGUGCACAAACUCAAUCAGCUGACUGUGGCGAAGUAGGAAGGGCAGUAUGUAUUUGUAUUAUAAUGAUGUCUGUUUUAAAGAGCUACUAUGCAGGCCUUCUGAUGUAUAAUGGGAACUUAAGAACUGUGUGUGUGUGUCCACAGGGCCGGGCGUGGAUCAGACUGGUGCUGAUGGAGAAGAGGCUGUCUGAGUACAUCUCCUCCGCCUUGAGGGACUUCAAAACCACCAGGUCUUUCUCUCUGACACACACACAGAGAUGCACACAGACACACACAAAAUAUCAAUACAAAACACCAGACCGAACUACAUCUGUGUUGAGUGUUGGUUUUAGUUACUCUGAGGAUGGAGUUAGUGUGUGUGUGUGUGUUGUUUAGAAGUGUUCUGAGGAUGGAACUAGUGUGUGUAUUGAGUGUGUGUUCUAUGUUGUGUGUAGGAGAUGGUAUGAGGAUGGGGCCAUCAUGCUAGGUGAGGAGGCGGGGCUGCUAGCAGAUACACUCAUCUGUCUCAACACCAUCGACUUCAGGUACUCGUAUAUAUCAUACUGUAUAUUAUUUAUAUUUGGUUAUUAUAGUGUUGCUGAGUCAGAGCUCAGGUUAUACAGUAAAGUACUCAUUAAAAGUAUAUUUUCCUCUGGUGGUUAGCUUCUGUCUGAAAGGGGAGGGGCUGAAUGGAAGCUGCCCAGCGGUGAUUGACUAUACGCCCUAUCUGAAGUUCAUUCAUAGGUAUGUGGGCUUCAAUCUUUUAGUCCUUUAACCUUUACCUGCUAUUAUGUACCCUUCCCCCUGUACGUGCCCUAUGAAUUGAACUCCUACCCCCUCUGUAGUACCCUCUGAAAUGUGCCCUUUCCCCCUGUGUAGUGCAGACAGCAUCAGCAGUGAUGAGGAGGAGUUGAGGACCCUGGGGAGCAGCGGCAGCGAGAAGAGCACCCCUGAAAAGAUGGCCGCCAGCACUGCGGCGGCCAUCUUCACUGAGCAGAGCAGCUGGGUCAGCAAGUGUAAACGACUAGAGCAGAAAUACCGCAUGGCACUGGAACAGAAGGUAACGUCUCAGUGUGUGUGUAGUGUACGUGUUGCGGCAGAACACUGUAUUGCACUAUAGGAUGCAGGUGUAUGUGUGCAUUUGUGCAUGAGACACUGAGACUGUGAGGUGUCUGUGAGGAAUAAUUGGAAAGUUUGAUUUCUAAAUGUCAGGCUAACUGUCAGUGCUCUGCUGAGGAAAUGGAAACACACACACACACACACACACAGCUUGAUAUCAUCCAUUCCAUCCUCACCGGAGUACAAAUCUAUAGUGCCUCCUUUACCAAAAUAAAGAUCUUCCCUUGUUUAUCUGAUUUGCUACUGCAAAAAAUGUAAUACUGCAACAACUCACUGUUGUGUGUGUGUGUGGGUGUGCCAGUGUUAUCUGGAAGAGAUGGUUCGUCUGAGAGAGGCCCAGCUGUCUCAAGCGAUGUCCCAGAACAAAGCUCUUCAGCAGAGAUUAACAGACACACACCUCUCACACACACUGGAGAAGGAACAACUAGAAUACAUCGUACUGGAGCUCCAGGACCAACUGUGAGUGUGUGUAUCUGUGAGUGUGAGUGGGUGGAAUGACCAGCUGUGUGACCUUUGAAUCACAGCGAGAGGGCCAGGGAAUGCAGGAGUAGUGCACACAGCUAUAUCUUACUAUACCUGUGAGGACUUUUUGGGGACCAACAACCGUAACCCCUAAACCUAACCACUAACCCUAACCACUAACCCUAAACCUAACCACUAACCCUAAUUAUAACCCUAAACCUAACCCCUAAGACUAAAAUAGCCUUUUUACAAGUGAGGACUGGCAAAAUGUUCUCACUUCUCUGAAUUUUAGUUGGUUUACUAUUCUUGUGAGGACUUCUGGUACUUACAAGUAUAGUAAAAUGUGUGUGUGUGAUGCAAUUAUUUAUUAUUAUAGUUUUGGGGUUUAAUAUUAGUUUAAAGAUUUUUUUUUGAAAUUCAGUUUAGUUUCAGUUAGUUUUCAAAUCCACUUGUCUUUAAUUUAGUUUAAGUUUUAUGAAGAAAAUAAUUAUUUAGUUUUUAUAUUUUUCAGUUUUAGUUUUAGUGUUAGGGACAGAAAGUAGCCUAUGCCACUAUGGGCCAGUAAUACAUGAUGAUGGUGAUGGGUCAGAUCAUAGGUUAGGUUAGGUUUAAGGUAGACUCAGCGAGAUGACGUACAGUGCAUUCAGAAAAUAUUCAGACCCCUUGACUUUUUUCACAUUUUGUUACGUUACAGCCUUAUGCAAUCUACACACAAUACCCCAUAAAGACAAAGCAAAAACCGUUUUUUUUGUGAAUUUUUUGCAAAUGUAUUACAUAAAAAAAAAAACUGAAAUAUCAUAAGCAUUCAGACCCUUUACUUAGUACUUUGUUGAAGCACCUUUGGCAGCGAUUAUAGCCUAGAGUAUUCUUGGGUAGGAUGCUACAAGCUUGGCACACCUGUAUUUGGGGAGUUUCUCCCAUCCUUCUCUGCAGAUCCUCUCAAGCUCUGUCAUGUUGGAUGGGGAGCGUCGCUGCACAGCUAUUUUCAGGUUUCUCCAGAGAUGUUCGAUCGGGUUCAAAUCUGGGCUCUGGCUGGGCCACUCAAGGACAUUCAGAGACUUGUCCCGAAGCCACUCCUGUGUUGUCAUUGCUGUGUGCUUAGGGACGUUGUCCUGUUGGAAGGUAAACCUUCGCCCCAGUCUGAGGUCCUGAGCGCUCUGGAGCAGGUUUUCAUCAAGGAUCUCUCUCUGUACUUUGCUCCGUUCAUCUUUCCCCUCAAACCUGACUAGAUUCCCAGUCCCUGCCGCUGAAAAACAUCCCCACAGCAUGAUGCUGCCACCACCAUGCUUCAUCAGACCAGAGAAUCUUGUUUCUUAUGGUCUGACAGUCCUUUAGGUGCCUUUUGGCAAACUCCAAGCAGGCUGACAUGUGCCUUUUACUGAGGAGUGGCUUCCGUCUGGCCACUCUACCAUAAAGGCCUGAUUGGUGGAGUGCUGCAGAGAUGGUUGUCCUUCUGGAAAGUUCUCCCAUCUCCACAAAGGAUCUCUGGAGCUCUGUCAGAGUGACCAUCUGGUUCUUGGUCACCUCCCUGACCAAGGCCCUUCUCCCCUGGUUGCUCAGUUUGGCCGGGUGGCCAGCUCUAGGACGAGUCUUGGUGGUUCCAAACUUCUUCCAUUUAAGAAUGAUGGAGGCCACUGUGUUCUUGGGGACCUUCAAUGCUGCAGACAUUUUUUGGUACCCUUCCCCAGACUUGUGCCUCGACACAAUCCUGUCUCGGAGCUCUACGGACAAUUCCUUCGACCUCAUGGCUUGGUUUUUGCUCUGACAUUCAUUGUCAAGUGUGGGACCUUUCCAAAUCAUGUCCAAUCAAUUGAAUUUACCACAGGUGAACUCCAAGUUGUAGAAACAUCUCAAGGAUGAUCAAUGGAAACAGGAUGCACCUGAGCUCAAUUUCGAGUCUCAUAGCAAAGGGUCUGAAUACUUAUGUAAAUAAGGUAUUUCUGUUUUUUAUUUGUAAUAUAUUUGCUAAAAUGUCUAAACCUGUUUUUGCUUUGUCAUUAUGGGGUAUUGUGUGUAGAUUGAUGAGGAUCCGUAAAAAAAAAAAUCAAUUUUAGAAUAAGGCUGUAACGUAACAAAAUGUGGAAAAAGUCAAAGGGUCUGAAUACUUUCCAAAUGCACUGUAGAUGCACCAAGUAAACCGUAGUAGUGGGUAAAUUUCCACAACAACUAAGAGCGUUGAAGCGAGGCUAAACUUCUCCGCUGUUUUGGUCCCGUAGCUACCACGUUGCAUCAUGCAAAUCUCAAUGGCUGUGUUAGAGCGGAUCACUUUUGUCAAGUCGGUCACUGCCUUUCAAAGUGUGUUGCAUUCUGAGGAUAAAAAUUGUCUGACUUGCACCUACAUGUUAACUGCAUGAACUUUACAAAAAUGUGAUCAAAGGUCAUGAAGUCUUGACUGCAGUCAACUGCAAGUUUCUGCUCCUUCACCAACUUCAUCCUGCAGCCAUCGCCUUCAUUGUGGGAAGCUCUAUUGUCAACCAAUCAUUAGGUUUUUUUUGUUUGACCCAAGCUAACGUGACCAAAGACAUGACUGAAACAGGAACCAAUUUGCUGCGAUUUAUGUAUACAGUGGAUAUAUACACAUAAAUGUGAUAUUUGAGGCUUUCUCUCACUAAUUGAUUGUACAAUGUACGCACACAUUAUUAUAUUAUAUUUCAGUUUGUGAGUGUGUGAUAAGGGGGUUAGAUACAUGUUUAUUUCGACAUUAUAAAGAAAACAUUUUAUAAACAAUGGCAACACUGCCAUGUUGAUCUGAGCUGUUGGAAAACCACAUUAGUGUCCGACUUUCGGCUGUCGCAGAUGCACCGCCACCGACUUCACUCCUCAACUUUUGUCUACAGUCGGUUGCUUUAGCCUUACCACUGAAACGCCCCCAAUAUUUGCGGUGCUGCUCAUGGCAACGUCAUCUUGCUGAGUCUACCUUUAAAUCUCAAUGUUGGCUGCCAGAUUCAAAAUUUUGGAGUCAAAGAUAAUAGUUUCAGUAUAGUUUUAGUUUUUCAAACUGAUUUCUUAAUUAUUAUAUUUCAGUUAACUAAACAGUUUUUUCAUAAUUAGUUUUAGUUUACUAUAAUAACCUUGGUGUGAUGACUUGGCCUGUGUGAGUCAUCAGAAUGCCUGUGUACAUAGGAGGUACUUUGGGUUUGGUUGAAGUUAGUUUAUCAAUGAGAGAGUCUCUAAAUGAAUGGUGUGAUCAAUUUGAUCUCUUCCUUUCCACCCUCUGUGAUCGAUAUUUUAAUUUGGGCCGUGAGGAUUUUCUUUGCAGUUUCAACCCCAGCAUUUGGAAAGCUGUCUCAUCUCUCAAACCAAUGAUCAGUCAGGGGUAUGGAUUUACAGACACAACAGAGAGAGGUAGAGGGAGAGAUGAGAGCGAGGUAGAGGGAGAGAUGAGAGAGCGAGGUAGAGGGAGAGAUGAGAGAGCGAGGUAGAGGGAGAGAUGAGAGAGCGAGGUAGAGGGAGAGAUGAGAGAGCGAGGUAGAGGGAAAGGUAGAGCGAGAGAGAAAAGGAGAAGGUGAGGAGAGAAUAGAUUGCAGAGAGAGAGAAUGGGCUGCGUAGCAUAUUUUGGGACAGAAUGUUCCAGGAACACAAUAUGAGGAACUAGUGUAUGACAGUAGAGGUGUGUGUGUGUGUGUGUGUGUGUGUGUGUGUGUGUGUGUGUUUCAUCCUGCUCAAGGACGGUGCUGAAGAACCAUGACUUGAGGUCCAGACAAGAACUGACCGCACAUCUGACCAAUCAGUGGCCUUCACCCGGUGCCAUGGAUACCAAUGCUGUUGCCUUGGAUACCAUGCUGUACAGGAAUAGGGUGGGGCAGUGGGAGGAGUAUGUAAACAAGGAUUAAUUCAUAUUCCACAACUUCCUCACUUCCUUACACACCAUAGUAUGAUUUUACACGGUCCACCCAAAUGUGGUGACACAGUAGAUUAAUACAUAUAUAUACUGUGCCUGUGAGAAAAGUGCUGUGACAUGAAUAUGAUUUUUAACAUUCCAAAUGGUUAGUCCAGUAUAGCCGUCAGACUAUUGAGAUGCAUCCAGAGAGUCCGCUCUAAUAUGUAUGUGUGUGUUCUACAGGAAGAGUUUCCAGAGCCUAGAGCAGAUGUCUGCUGCUAUGAGUCUGUCCCAGACCUCUCUGGAGCCCUCACACACACUCAACCUGGACACCAGACCAGCCAGCUCACAAUGGCACCACCACGGUGUGUGUGUGUGCAUGCGUGCGUUUCUGUGCUAUCCCCCACUACCAAUAAAUAAUAUAGUUAUUUUGUGCAUGUGUGUUAACCCCCUCUUUUGCUCCCCAGGGAAGGAGGACACCCCCUCUCUGAUAGGUCUGUGUGGGUCUCUGCAGUCAGUAGCCAGCUAUAAGUCUCUGGCCAGCCUGAAGUCCAGUGAGUGUCUGGUCAGCCCCACCACAGAGAUAACCAGUCCUGGCCUCACCCCGUCCUAGAACCAGAGACCAAGAGACCCAGCACAUGGCCUGGAGAAAGAGAGCCAGAUGAUUUGGAUCCUGGAAUCUGGAAUUGGAACUCAGACUUUUGAAUAACAUUCCACCCCAUCCCCUCCUAAACCAAGAUAUCUAACCUCGUUCCCAGGCUCAAUUGAUAGAUUACCAGAGAUACAACACAGGGUGUAGAAUCAGACAACUGUGUGCAUAGAGAUGUAUUGAUUUAUUUAUUGGAAUUUCUAUGAGUAUACCACCUGGAAUCUGGAUCCAGGAGCUCAGAGUUGAAGAAGGAACACAGAGCUCAAAACAUGGGAGCCGCAGUCAAUCAUUUGGAAUUUAGAACCCGAACUGACCCUGGAACCAGCGCUUCAGUAGUCAGUCCUUCAAUGUAAGCGCAGAGCCGUUGAAAAAAACAGGACUGUAUGACCAGGACCGACCUCAUGUUUAUUUAUUAGUUUGUUGUAUAGCUGCACUGAUAGGAAAACAACUGCAUAGUUGAAAGCCAGUUCCGGGUAGGCAUCUGCCAUACUGCUGUCACCUAUCUUAUGUGUUCAGAUCAGUGCAGGAGAAGAGACGAGAACGCCACUUUACACUAUUGGGAUGCAGCCUUUUUGUUGUCACUAAAGUGGAGGUCUUUCCCUUGGCCAGCAGGGAGAGUGUUCUAUCACAAGAUGGCUAGAACCACAAAUGGUUCUGUGUUUUAGUUAGAAGUAUCUUUGACCUCUGACCUCUAAUAAAACGUUAUGGACCCCUCAUGAUGUAAACAUGUUCAGCAUCCCAGAGAUUGACAAAACUUGAGGAAUUGCUUUCUUUAGGAUUUGUUUAGGUAGGGGUAAUAUUUUAGGUAGGGGUAAGGAGUGUUGCGGGUAUAAGGUUAGGGUUUGUUGUUUCUCAUAGGUGGUUAAAGCCUGUAGACUAGUGGUUCUGUUCAUUGCCUCAUCAACUUGCAGGUGUUCUUGUCCUGUUACCCUGGCAACUCCAGUGAGCUCUACUAUAGAUGGCCAUGGUGGGUCAGAUUCAGCAGACACAGAAAUACAUCUCAUAGAAUGGACAUAUUUAGGUAUUGUAUUCCUGCCAGAGGACUGGACUGUCCUCAUCCUCACUAUUUAUAAGUGUUGUGUAGUCACUCAAUCACACUUCCAUGUUGGAAGGGCCUCGAAAUAUCUAGAGGAGAACCGUGUUCCUUCUAUGUCUUCUGUUUCUACGGUCCAUCCUCUGUGGUACCUGACUUGGAGCCAUAAUCAUACUAUUGAUGGCAUUGAAUGUA